AUGUCUCCCUCAUCAAUGUCAUCAACAUUCACCAUCCGCAACCCUCCAUACACCUACUUUCAUCUCUCUCUCCAACAACUACCAUUACCAACACAACAGAAUCAAGCUCAACAAGAAAAAGAACAAAUGGAGAACCUCGACGACGUCAGGGCGCGAUCCUACCUCUUCGCCGCGAUGCAGCAAUAUCUCGGACUCACGGGGACAGCUAUACCGAUUGACAUUUUGAAAGUUGAGAGCGUCGAGCGUCGCGAGACCAGCAGUGCUCCCCACGUCUGGAUCCGAGUGCCCCGCGACGACGAGGUCGCUGUCACGGCCGCCCUGGCGCAAUGGGUUGGUGCGAGGGGUGUUAGUUUGCGAAUUGAAGAGAGGGGAUGCUGGUUGGGCGGACUGUUGGUGAACGACGAGGAUGAGAAGAGGCUGUGGUCGAUGGAGAGGUGA